AUGCAGACAGUUGCCAAACUUAUGAAGGUCUACGUUACAAGGCGCAUCCCGCAAGAGGGGAUGAAGAUCCUGUCAGCGUCCUCUGUGUAUGCAUUAUCUUAUACAGCAUGACUGAGUCUGUUAGACUUUAAAACUGCAGCAUCAAAUCGUUGGAAGUAGAAAUUUUCUAGGCUGUCAUUUAUAGUGUGCCCUGCAUGUGCUUUUCCCUGCAGUUGGGUGAUAUGUUAAGAUGGUCAUGAUGAGUCUCCUCAUCUGUUGCUGGUUUAAGCUCCAACCCUUUAAAAUGAUAGUUCAUCAUUCAUGGGACUGCCGUGACUUGGUUAAAAUGGAAACUACAGUUUGUCCUCAUAUGUGCAUGUGACCGUGUGAGUGCUAUUCCAUGCAUUUUGUCCUUCUCUGUCUCCGUGGAAACAGAUGUGAGGUGUCUCUGUGGGAUUCAGAUGAACCUGUGCCCAGGGCAGAGCUGCUCAAAGGUGUGCAGGGCACUCAUGGUCUCCUGUGUAUGCUGUCAGAUAAGAUCGAUGCAGAGCUUCUGGAUGCUGCAGGUACUACUCAUCCUUGUGUGGAGCUAAAUCCAUGAACUGAUCAGCCAAUCAGUGUUAAUUUAUUAUUGUAAUGAAGUUGUGGUUCUCUCAGUGUUAAUACUACUUUGACUGGGUAUACUAUAUUUCAAAUCAAAUAUAAAUUUUAAAACAAACUGAAUGUUUGACACAAUAUCACCUAGGGAAAAGAAUAACCUGUAUGUAGUGGUUGUUUUUUGUUGAUGACAGUCAAAGGAGCAACUUUGAAUAGAUUUGGGUUUUCAGCACUGAUAUAAUUGUAAAGAAACUGGACUGUUCCACAGUAUCCUGUAAUUUGAGAUGGUGAAUUUUUGUUUUUCGUAAAGUGUAAGCUGUGAUGAUCAAGACUUAAACAAAAAACUCUUGAAAUAUUUGUCUUUGUGUGGGAUGGAUCUAGCAUCAUGGAAGUUUCUCUUUUUGAGUUAAAUUAUGGCAGGAAAAGAAUUUUCUCAGGACCCUCUAAUUUUCUUCGCACCUGUACAUGCUGGGCUUGAAAGCAGGGUGUUGGAUUUAAUAUAAUUACCAAACCAGUAGGAUGCUUCAACUUUUAUCAAAAUAAAUCAAGCAAAAUCAGUGGCAGGUUUUUAUUGUGUCUUUAUCAACUCCACUCAACUCAACUUUAUUUAUAUAGCACUUUACACACAACAGAGUUGAUCCAAAGUGCUUCACAACAACACAGAGGAAAUACAAAAACAAAAGAGAACAAACAGAUGAUGAAGAAGAGCAGACUGAGUGACAGUGAUAAUAAUAACGAUGGCAAUAAAAUUAUAUUUUCAAUACCAUCACUAUCAUCAUCAUUCAUAAUAGUAAUAAUAAAUAACAAUUAUAAUAAUAACAGUGAUAAUGACAACACAGAUCUACUGACCUACAGAGCUCACAGAGCCUACAUGGGAAAUGGCUGAGCUAUAAAAGUCAGGGACAGUUAAAAGCUAGGGAGUAAAAGUGGGUUUUAAGUUGAGUCUUAAAAAUCUCAAUGGUGGGGGAGAAUCUGAUGGAGGGAGGAAGAGAAUACCACAGUUAGGGGCAGCGAUAGAGAAAGCCCUGUCCCCUUAACACUUAGUCCUGGAUCGUGGGACUGACAGAAGUCUUUGAUCAGACGAUCUUAGUUCUUUCAUUGUGUGAUAUGGGGACAAGAGCUGUGUGACGUAAGAGGGGGCAAGACCAUUCAACACUUUGUAGACAAACAUCAGGGUUUUAAACUCCUGUAGCUAACAGGCAGCCAGUGAAGGGAGGCAAGAAUGGGAGUAAUGUUGGAAUAGUGUCGAGAGAACAGGUGGAGGUCUUCAUAGAAGAGAUAAUAUGAUGAAGUUCUGUUAAAGUGAUGGAGUUAAAAGAAUUUAGAACUGCAGUAUUUUCAGAGGAGAUGGCUAGGCUGUUUACAGAUGGAUUAAUACUAGCUCUGAUGUUAAUGACUUUGUCUCUAAAGAAUUUUAGGAACUCCUCACAUUUAGAGUCAGAUGCGUCAAGGCAGGAGGUGGGAGUGGAGGAAAUGACAGAGUUCAACACACUAAAAAGUACCCUAGGGUCAGGACAGUUUUUUCAAUGAUAUCAGAAAAAUAUUGAGCUUGGGCAUUUUUGACAGCCAGCUGAUAUUUAUCCAAGAGAUUCUUCAGGAUUUGGAAUGAGAUCUGCAAUUUGUCCCGCUUCCACCUUCGCUCUGCCCUUCUGCACACUCUCCUAAUUUCUCUUGUUUUUUUAUUAAGCCCUGGUGAGGCCAGAGGCUUACGUUUUUUAAUUGUUAGAGGCGCAACAGAGUCAAGGGUGGCCGAAACAGUACUGGUGAAAAGAGAGCGAAUUUCCUCUGUGCUCACAUGAGAUGGUGCAGCCUCGAUACUGUUAUUGUUGACAGCCUCUCUGUAGGCUUCUGCAAACUUAGUGGCAGUGGAUGAAUUGAUAGUGCGGGAGCGGAGAAGAGCAGGGCGAACCGGAGAAAGAUGAGGCAAAUCGAGAUAAAAAAUGAUUGCUUUGUGAUCAGAUACAUGAAAAUCUUCUAUUACUGGGUUUGAGAUAGAGAUACCUGAGGAGAGAACUAAAUCUAAUGUAUGGCCUUUAACAUGGGUUGGGCCAUUCACAGACUGGUGGCGACCAAAAGAUUCGAGUAAGUUUAUAAAAUCACGAGCUGCUUUAUGUCACUGAUUUGACUUAUCUUGCUCUAAUUCCAGGGCCAAACUUGAAAGUAAUCAGCACCAUGUCCGUGGGAUUCGACCACUUAGUUCUUGGUGAAAUUAAAAAACGGUAGGUAGACAUCAACCAAAUAAACUAUUUGAGGAGCAGCAUUGAGUAAAACAGUACUGUCAAGAUUUAUUACUCUGUGUCCAUAAACAGUGGCAUACGUGUUGGAUACACUCCUGGUGUCCUGACUGACGCCACAGCAGAACUGACUGUAGCUCUGCUGCUUGCCACCGCCCGCAGAUUACCAGAGGCAGUGGAGGAGGUCAAAAAGUCAGUGUUAUUAAGCUGCACAUUUAGCUAUAUAAGCAUCUUCUCUGUUUGUGAAUGUGUUGUUCUGGUAAUAAUGUUUUUCUCUUUGUCUGUCAGUGGUGGCUGGACCUGUUGGAAGCCUCUCAUGAUGUGUGGUUAUGGGCUCUCUGGCAGCACUGUGGGAGUCAUUGGGCUGGGACGCAUUGGUUAUUGCUUCAUUAACUUCUGAACAGCCAUUUUAUUGUCAUCUUUGUAAUAGAUCUUCUUGCCAUUUGCUACUAGCACGUAAUGAUUUAUUUUUUUAAUUAACUUUAAGAUCAAGUGAAUAAGUUUGGUAUUUAUUUUGUUCAGGCAUGGCCAUUGCUCGCAGACUCAUGCCAUUUGGAGUGAAGAGGCUGCUGUACUCUGGGAGAACUGCCAAGGCGGAUGCCACUGAGCUUAAUGGAGAGUUUGGUAGGAAAAACUGAGCACUCAAGGGAAAGAUAAAAAGCAUAGUCAGAAGUUAAAAACACAAAAGAUGUAAAAAAAAAAAAAAAACAAUGAUCGUAUAAAAAUAUCAAAUAAAAAGAAGGGUAAGGUUGUGUUCGAUCUAUUUCACUGUUUUUUUUCCUCCUGUCCCUCUUUCGAACAGUUCCCCUGGACACUCUUCUGGCAGAGAGUGACUUUAUUGUUGUUUCCUGCUCCCUGGCACCAGAGACCCAAGGGCUGUGUGACAAGGCUUUCUUCAGCAAGAUGAAAAAAACAGCAGUCUUUGUCAACUCAAGCAGGUAGACUUGAGAGCUCUGUAAACCUUAAUGUGUAUUACAGAAAAAUCUGUAAUAUUAUAAAAUUAUUUUUACUUUCGUUUACCUUACAUCCUUAUUUUCAACAUGAAAUUGUUGGUUCUCUUUGACCUGCUGAAGUACUUCCACUCUAAUCCUAAAAAAAAUGUCAACUUUCACAUUGGAUUUUCUAGCUGACUUAACUCUCUGCUUGCUGGCACUGGCAUACAUUCGAUAUUUCAUUGCCUGAUUUGAUUAGGAAAAAAAGAAUAAGUUAAAUUUUUUGUGACUGUACAAAUUUCUGAAUGGGGCCGGUCCAUCGGCACGCAUGCUUACUGAUCAUUAGAAAUGCUUUGUUUCUGAUACUGGUACAUAUUGGUAUAACUCCUGGAAAAAAAGCACUGGAUUAGAAAAUAAUUUCAGCUGUCUUCAUUUUUUACCCAAACUUUACAAAUAGGUAAGAUACAUGCAGACUCACAUGUUUGAUGAUGUUGGUUUCAGAGGAGCCGUAGUAAACCAGGAGGACCUGUAUGAAGCUUUGACCAGUGGACAGAUUGCUGCAGCUGGUCUGGAUGUAACAACACCUGAGCCACUUCCAACAAAUCACCCUCUUCUUACACUUAAAAACUGUGGUAAGUAGAUAUAAUACAACCCCAAGUCCAAAAAAUUGGAACGCUGUGUAAAAUGUGACUGAUUUUAAAGAAUUUAUAAGUUUCUACAUCUUUAAACCCUUUGUUCAAAGACAACAUAUCAGAUGUUGAAACUGAUCAAAGUAUUGUUGUGCUGUUUAUUUUGGUAAAAAGUCAUAGUAUGAAAGGCAUCAUACAUUACUCUAAAGCCUAUAUAAAUUGUCCAGCAUUCAUAGUGCUGCAGGAGCCAUUUUUGAAUGAGUUUGUUUCCAUAAGACAUGGCGUGUGGCGUUUGAGGUCACACUGGAUAAUUGGUGGUCAUUUUCAGAUGGUAAAUACAUUUUUUGACUGCUGAGGCAGCAUGGUGCUGAUGAGUUGUACGUUGGUCCUUGUUCAUGGAAAGUGCUGUUUGAUGGGCUCUUCUGAGUGAGAGUUUAUAUUGCAUAAAUCGGUUGGACCUCGAGUCAUUAGACACAGUACUUUGCAGUGUGUUAUUAAGGUCAUCCAGGUGUUCUACUUCAGUGGCCUUAAGCAUCGGCUUGGCCUCUAAACGUAUCUUUCCAAAUAUGUAAGCCUUCCAUGUCAUAAACACUAAUAUAUCUCAAUACCAUCAGAGAUGCUGGCAGUUGAACUCUCCUCUAAUAACAAGCAAAGAGGCCCCACUUCUCUUUAGAGCAGUGGUGUUCAUGGUUUCCAAAAAGGACUGUCUUGUGUUAGACCACAGGACAGUUUUCAACUUCUACAGUCACCAGCUUUUCUAGGUAGUCUAUGUAUGGCUUUCUCUUUGCAGGACACAAGUUUAACCUUUAUUUUGGAUGCAGCAACAAACUGUUCAAAAGCAGUGGUUUGUGAAGUGAUUUUGAGCUUGUGCAGUUAAUUGCAUUACAGUGUCAUGUAUGUUUUUGUAGCAGAGCUGCCUUAGGGCCAAAAAUCAAAGCCAUCUUUUAUCGAUUUAGGUAUAAUGGGUAUUUUUCCUUAUUCUCUGAAUCUUUUCAUGAUAUUGUGAAAUCCCCAAAUUCUCUCCGGUUUUAAAUAUUUAUUGAACUAUUUAUUAUCACACUCAGUCACUCACAAUCAAAUUGAUCAUUCUCUAACUUUGAUCAUUUCUCUGCGCACAACUUUUAAUUAAAUAAAGGGUUAAUAAUUUUUGAAUCAUUAAACUCGGUCUUUAUCAAUGCUACACAGUGUCCCAACUUCUUUGAAGCUGGAGUUGUAUGUGAAUAUGGCUCUUGUCCCAUUCUAACUCCUGAUUUAACAUUUUUACUUGUCUUGUGCAGUGGUGUUACCACACAUCGGCAGUGCCACCUACUCCACCAGAGGCAUCAUGGCAGCUCUCUCAGUUCAAAACCUGCUGGGGGGUAUACAGGGCACAGAGAUGCCCAGUGAACUCAAGUUCUAA